AUGGACUCAUUGAAGUACUUGUUCGAAAAGCCAGCACUAACGCGGAGGAUCGCAAAAUGGAAAUUACUUCUUUCUGAGUUUGACAUCACUUAUGUCACCCAGAAGGUAAUCAAGGGGCAAGCAGUGGUCGAUCAUCUAAUAGCGCACUCUCUGCCCGACUAUCAACCAUUGAAGACCUUCUUCCCUGACGAGGACGUCCUCCUGAUCGAGGAAGAAGAAAGGAAGGUUGGAGAGUGGACGCUCUUCUUUGAUGGAGCCACAAAUUCGAAGGGAAGUGGAGUAGGAGCCAUACUCUACUCUCCCGAUGACGUGUCAAUCCCAUAUCCAGGAGGCUGGCAUUCUAAGGCACUAACAACGUGGCUGAAUAUGAAGCAUGCAUCGCAGAUAAAUGGCGAUUGGAAGACGAAAGAUGAAAAGCUGAUCCCAUAUCAUGCCUACCGGGAAAUUUUAAUUGAGGAAUUCGACGAAAUCACAUUCUCCUACAUGCCCCAAGUUAAGAAUCAAUUUGCAGACGCUCUGGCUACUCUUGCCUCAAUGAUGGAGAUCCCAAAAGCAGUUGCGGAAUGGGAACUCACCGUCGAACUCCAGGAGGAACCCGCGUUCUACCUAGAGAUCAACAAAGCAGAACGUCCCUCAAAUGAUCGGCUAUGGUACACAGAUAUUAAAGAAUAUCUCGAACAUCAGAAGUAUCCGAAAGGAGCAACACUGACCGAUCGUCACACUAUCCAACGGUUAGCGGCACAAUUCGUGAUCACUGGGGGAAUCCUCUACAAGUGA